CACGUCAAUACGCCUACACCGAGAGCUGCUUCACACCAGCACUUGAACAGCAGCUGAUUAGCCUGGCUGAAGCGUUGGCAUCAUCUGGCAUUCCUCUGUUCACCAGCGAGUGUGUGUGUGUGGAUGUGUGUGUCAGCUAUAGGUGAGCUGAAACAGGAGAGCUUCUGUGUGGGUGUGUGCAUGACACACUCUUUUUUCCUUUUUUUUUUUUUUGCUUGGGAUUCCUCCUGCCCCAUAAGGCUUUGCAGCAAGUGGAUGUGCUGAUGUAGGAAGAAUGGAUGCACCACUGCUCACACACGUACACACACACUCAGAGCUCAGCCGUGGGACCGAAUGAAGAAAUCUACAUCCAUACAUUUGGGGAUUGAAGAUACAACAAUGUGACUGAGGGAUUGGUUCAGAUGUAGCUGCUGUAACACCAUCCAAUAAUGCUGAGCCCUGUUCUCCGUUCUGAGCUCUCGGCCUUGGAGCCGGAGUACACAGAGGCUGAUGUCAUCUCUACGGUGGAGUUUAGCCAAUCAGGAGAGUUCCUGGCCACAGGGGACAAGGGUGGGAGAGUGGUCAUCUUUCAAAGAGAACCUCAGGGGGAAUAUAAUGUGUACAGCACAUUUCAGAGCCAUGAGCCUGAGUUUGACUGCCUGAAGAGCUUAGAGAUAGAGGAGAAAAUCAAUAAGAUCCGUUGGUUACCUCAAAUCAAUUCCACCCACUUCCUCCUGACCACCAAUGAUAAGACCAUUAAGCUGUGGAAGGUAAGCGAGAGAGACAAGAGGCCUGAAGGUUACAACCUGAAAGACGAGGAGGGCCGGAUGAAGGACAUUUCCAGAAUCACAUCCCUUCAGGUCCCCGUGUUACGGCCGAUGGAUUUGCUGGUGGAAGCGUCUCCACGGCGUGUGUUCGCUAAUGCUCAUGCCUAUCACAUCAACUCCAUCAGCAUUAACAGCGACUGUGAGACUUACCUGUCAGCUGAUGACCUGAGGAUCAACCUGUGGAAUCUCAAUAUAACAGAUCGCAGCUUCAAUAUUGUGGACCUGAAGCCGGAAAACAUGGAGGACCUGAGCGAGGUGAUCACCGUGGCUGAGUUUCAUCCUCAUCACUGCCACUUGCUGGCCUUCAGUAGCAGUGCAGGUGCUACACGCCUGUGUGAUAUGAGAUCUCGCGCGUUGUGUGACCGACCAGCUAAACUAUUUGAGGAGUCAGUGGACCCAGCCCAUCGAUCCUUCUUCUCGGAGAUCACUUCCUCUGUGUCGGAUGUAAAGUUCAGUCACAGUGGACGCUACCUGCUCACCCGAGACUACCUCACUGCUAAAGUCUGGGACCUCAACAUGGAGAACAAACCAGUGGAGAUAUAUCAGGUCCAGGAUUAUCUGCGCUCUAAACUCUGUGCCCUUUACGAGAGCGACUGCAUCUUUGAUAAGUUCGAAUGUGCCUGGAAUGGAACUGACAGUGUCAUCAUGACAGGGGCGUAUAAUAAUUUCUUCCGGAUGUUUGACCGAGCGAGUCGGCGUGAUGUGACGUUGGAGGCGAGUCGGGAGGUGUGUAAGCGGCGCGCCGUGCUCCGGCCUCGCCGGGUGUGUGUGGGGAAGAAGAGGAGGGAGAAUGAUAUCAGUGUGGACAGCCUGGACUUCAGGAAGAAGAUCCUGCACACGGCUUGGCAUCCUACGGAUAACAUCAUCGCCAUCGCAGCCAGCAACAACCUGUUCAUCUUUCAGGACAGACACGGCCCCGGACACCACGUCGGCCAUCAUUUAGAACAAGACAGACCUCUGCAGUUACAGGAUACAACUCGUCAGUGAACUGACCCUAAAGGGUCACAGCUCUUUUUUUUUUAAUUUUAAUAAGGAAGGUCACACCGUUUGAGAAUUUGUAAUAUUCAGAGCACGUUUUCAGUAUAAACACAAAAGCCUAACAAUAAUAAUAAUAAUAAUAAUUUAAUGCUGGAUAUUAUAACCACCAUUAUGACUGGGACAGUAUUUCAGCACUCCUGCAUGAAAUGUAACACAAGGAGACUGAGACGAACCAGGAAGUAUAUUUGCCUGUCAGUGUCUAAAUCACUACUGCAUGUUUACACUAUUAUCCUUAAUUAACGGGCUUCGUUAACCGACCAAGUUCUAACGGCAAUGAUGAAUGCAAACAAAUCGGACCCUUUAUUUCUUGAACUAAUGAACUGUAUCCGCCGUCUGGUGGCUCUUCUCAGGUUUCAUGUUUCUUGACCGGAGACAGUAGACAUAGAUGUCCUCUUCCUCGUAACAGAUAUCGAAACUGAAGCAGUACAAUCAUGUGAAUGUCUGAAUGAGAAGCAGUGUUUCUAAGGAGCAUCAUGAAAACUGGAAUUUCAAGAAUUUCUUUUUGUUUUUUAGCAUGCUAAAUUGUUGUGCUGCUGAUUUGACGCCACACGCGGACGACGUGUUCGCUGUAAGACGGUAGGGGAGAGCGGGGCCUGAGCUUUAGACGAUGGUUCAACCGAACCCCACUCUCCCGUAUCAGCUGUGGAACUUGCUAAUAACGAGAAUAAAGAAACGGUAAAGCUCAUUUUACACCAGACUUCGUAAUCAUACUUCAUUACACACUGCAGUAGUAAUGCAUGUUUAGAAUAAUCUGAUACAGGUAUGUGCAUAUUAAACGUAUAAAGCCGAGCAAGACACUCAGAAAUAAACGCUCCUCUCCGUGUGAACUCGGCCCACGAAAUCCGUGCUCGAUUGCCGUCCUGCUGCAUCGCUUCUGGUGUAAAAUGGGCUUCAUUUUGUGCGAAUCAGAGCCUCUAAAGAUCAUCUCAUGCUUGGGAAAUUCAGUGUUACCACCUCUGAAAGCCAUGUCAUUAAAUUUGGACUUUUAUUUCAUUUAAAAUAAUUCAUACAAAUGCAUACAGUCACAAACAUUUCUUUUUUUUUUUUUUCCUUUUUUUGAAUUCUGUUUAACAAAAAAAUAAUGAUAUCUCAUAGUAUAUAUAGUAUGUAUAUUGCUAGCCUACCACUUUAAUCAGGAAGGAAACUAUGUAGGCAAUGGAGCGCUGCAACUACCCCGGCAGCCCGGAGCUGCCUCGUUAAAACACGGUACGGUCAAGUCACACAGAAACAGGCAAGCAUGACGCCAGCUUUUCACAAGACAAACUGUUUUUUUUUUUCUUUUCCGUCAAAACAGGACAAUUUUUGUUUUUUUUUUACCUUUAACACAUAAGGUAGUACAUGCUAAGUUAACAAACAGGAACCGAAAAUAAUAAUAAUAAUAAUAAAAAAAAAAAAAAAACACACACACACACUCAAUAUACUUUUUGAAAGUAUUGUGCUAAAUUAGACUACAAAAAGACACAUGGAUACAAAAAAAAAUAAAAAUAAAAAAUAAAAAAGA